CCACCCUUAUUCGUGAAUCGUGAUAUUUGCAAGUUCCAGUGGCAAGUUCCGAUCCAAGACCGAAAUGAUCAGACGAACAGCAUCACAUGCUAUCGUAUUUUUCUCACUUGUACUGUAUUGUUCCGCUGCGAAUAUUCUCAUUCUUGGCAUGCCAUUCUACAGCCAUCUCUUUGGACCUGCGAACGUUGGUAACUCUCUACGAAGUCAGGGGCAUAAUCUUAUGAUUGCAGCUGCAGCGGAGUCUGUGAACACUCUCGAAGCUGGUCAACCAAACUAUGCUCAGAUUUACUUGUAUAUCUCAAGUUUACUGAAAGGUGAAACUCCACCGUCGCUUCCCCCAUUGGAAUCAUCGGUUGUGCUCUCGUUAAUUCAAGAUAUCGUGAACAAAAUAAGGACGAGUGAUGUAAGUGGUCAAAUGCAUUACCUCUCCAACUGGUACAAACAAUUUCAAAGUGAAAAGGAAGCUGUGCAAAAGAACGAUAGUAAGCAAGAGACUCCACCGCAAACUAAGGUUCCACCAACUGCUAGUGCGGUUAAACGUACCUCAUCAGGACGAAUUGUACGACCACGAGUUGAUCUUUCAUUACGCAUUAAAGAGGAAGAUAAAGCAACAGACACUGAAGGAAGCGGCGAGGAUGGACAAAACGAUUCAAAAGAACAUGGAAACGAGGUUAAAAAUGAGCCUAAACCUAAACCCAGGUCAACGUCCUUAAAUCCAUUUCGUAUCCCCGUUAAUUUGCUUAAUUUCAAACAGACACGAAGUUCGUUAGUAGCGAAGCAGUCGCCGAAGUAGUUGAAGUAGUUGGGUUUCUUUUAAACACUCAGAACAGAAGAACCUCAACCAUCAUGUUUUAUCCGAAAAAAGCUUCGUUGAAUCUCGGUUAAAGCUUCGUUGAGGCUUAAGUAUUUUGUGGCCUGGCAUUGUUAAACUUUUUUCGAAGCUGUUGAAUAUUUUUGUAACAAGUAACGAAGUAAACUGGUUGUAUUUAAGUAUAACCACAGCCCAAUGGUACACCUCUGAUAGAAUUCCCUGGGGGCGUACAGUACAGGUGUGUGACACCCCUGACAUGCCGAUUUUAGUAUCAUAAAUGAUUAGUAUACAAUUUUGUCAACAUUGAAUGAGCCCCCGGGUGAGUGUUCCUUAGGGCAACUUAUCUAAUUUAAUUAGGGCAGGUAUUUCACAGCCCAGAGUAGCCCUAAAAAUGAAGCAUUAGACCAACAAAAAAGACCAAUACUCUAUGAAGCAUAAUUUU